AUCAGUGUUUCUACACUUUCCCAAAGAAAGAAAGGGGGACGCUAUAGCACAACUGCCCCGUGCCCAUGGGGACCCGGGUUGGAGUCCGGACAAUUUCCCCAUCCCACCCCACCCCACCUCUCUCCCACUGACUUCACUCUCUUCACUAUCGGAUUAAAGGAAGCUAGUUGGCUCAACCUUCUCCUAAGUCUUACUGGUCCAAGGGUCUGCGCCCAAGAUGGAGAACUCUACAAAAGGAGAAAACUCAAACGAAGUCACGCUCAUCUGCAACAUGACAGGCACUCACGACUUCAUUUCCACGUUCAUCCCCGUCGUGUACAGCUGUAACUUUGUCAUCGGCAUAGUGGGCAACAGCAUGGUGGUGGCGGUCAUCCACUACUACAUGAAGAUGAAGACGGUGGCGAACAUCUUUGUGCUGAACCUGGCCGUGUCCGACCUCACCUUCCUCAUCACUCUGCCCAUGUGGGCCACGGUCACGGCCAUGGGCUACCACUGGCCCUUCGGCAGCUUCCUGUGCAAGGCCACGGCCGCGCUGGUGCUCUUCAACCUCUACACCAGCGUCUUCUUCCUCACGGCGCUCAGCGUCGACCGCUACCUGGCCAUCGUGCGGCCGGUGGAGUCGCGCCGCUACCGCACCUCGCGCUACGCCCGGCUCACCUGCAUCCUGGUGUGGACGGUGUCGCUGGUGCUCAGCCUGCCCACCGCCCUCACGCGCAGCACCGUGCCCAUCCGGGGCACCAACAUCACCGUCUGCGGCAUCCGCGGCGACGACUCCAGCCGCUGGCUGGUGCCCCUCAGCCUGAUGAAGGGCGUCCUGGGCUUCCUCGUGCCGCUCGGCGUCAUCCUCACCUUCUACUGCCUGAUUGGACGAGCGCUGCAGGGGCCGAAGGUCAGCCUCCAGGGGAGCAACCGUUGCCAGAGCGACGAGGUGCUGCACAUGCUGGCGGCGGCCGUGAUGGCCUUCUUCCUGUGCUGGGCGCCGCACCAGGCCUUCAACCUGCUGUACAUGCUGGUGCAGGUGGAGGUGAUCACCGACUGCCACGCGCUGGACCUCAUCGACACGGCCAUGCCGUUCACCGUCUGCAUGGCCUACUUCAACACCUGCGUCAACCCCAUCCUGUACGGCUUCGUGGGCAAGAACUUCCGGCGGAGCCUGCUGCGGCUGCUGAGGUGCGCCCGGGCCGUGCCGGCGUCCGCCCAGUCCCACCCCAGCCUGUCCACCAAGAUGAGCACCCUGUCCUACCGCGCCUCCGACAGCCUGCUCCUCACAGCUGCCAAAACAUCCUCCCUGUCUCGAAAUGAGCACUGCGCGGAGAAGAAAUAACAGGCUGAAGGAAAAACAAGCGCCAUACUGCGCUAAGGCAGAGCCCUCCACUUGAAAAACAAUGUUGUUGCUUCACAUCUCUCACACUGUUGUUCUGGUGCACUAAAAGACAUUUAAGGACUGCAGAAAGAGACAGAUAUGCAUAUUAUGUAUGUAAGAUAUGUUUUACUAGUAAAAAAGGCACUGAAAAUAUUUUACAACUGAAAAAAAUAACAAUGUAAAAGUGUGAUGAGUCUUAUGUCCAGAUGUUUAAAAGUAACUGCUGUAGUAUCUUCAAGUUCCUUCUGUGAUUGUGAACAAUUUACAUGAUCUUUUCUUUUGAUUUGAUUUUGAAGAGAAAAAGUUAACUGUCAGAAAUGACCAAUUAAGAUGAAGAUAGGGAAUUAAAUUACUCCAGCUUGCUCAGGGCUGGAAUUUUCACUGCGUCCACGACAAUGAAAAUCGGAGGUUCACAGGCUACUGUGGCCUUGGUGCCCCCUUCUUUCAAUAUUCUGCUUUGCGUCCGAAUAGCGAUUAUAAUUUGUAGCCUAUGGCCCGUCAAAAAUAAUCUCAGCAUUCACAUUGUGAAUUAAUGUAGUCUUUGAUGCAGUGAGAAAGUGACAGCACACAGCAAGAAAAGUCCAACAUUCAGCAGCCAGAAGAUAAGGCAAGAAAUAGAUAUUAGGUACUGUACAGAAGCUUUAGGAAGCAGUAGUCUAAUGCCAGCUGGCAUGAAUCCAUUCCUCUAUGUUGCUGUAGUGAAGCAAUGUUUUCUGUGACUGAAUGUGUUGUUGAUACGUUAGCAUUCACUUUUCUGAUUCUCUCACAUUAAUCUGUGUGUGUCCAAAUUCCCAUUCUUCUCUGUUGAACUACAAGUAGCCUCGCCUACUCAUCACAUGGGCAUCACAUGUAGGCCUAUCACAUGUAUCACAUCACACGUAAGAGCUUUUUCUAAGUUUUUAAACGAUGUUACCCGCUAGUUGCUGUACGAGAAAAGUAGGCCUAACUUUAAUUUAAUCAUAUUAUUCUGCACACAGUUCUGCGCCUACCUCCCCAAUUCAUCUCGGUGGAAUAUUGCACAAACUUUUCACUCAACACAUGUCAAACUAUAUAUCAAUCUUAUGUAGCCUGCAAUAAUUAACUUUGGCCUUGGUGCCAUGACGUGCGGCCUUUGCACCUGAGCAGGCCUUGCCCGUAAAAUUAUGAAAUUCCAGGCCUGAUCAUGUGACAACUUACUGCUGCAAAGUAUUCAUGACAUUGAGUAUUAAUUAAUGAUAUUGCUGGCAGUCUGCUUUGCAAUUCAACGUAAUUCAACAAUGUCCAAACAAAAUUAAGCAUUCAUUGUCAGGGUUGUUUCAUAUAAGUUUUUUUAAAAUGCAACAUCAUUGGGUGCAGCUCUGUCAGAUGAUUUAACUCUGUAUGUUGACAACUCAGACAACUUCUGCUAAACAGUCAGGAAGUGAUGAUAUUUGGGGCUGAUCAACCACAAUGCUCAAUAUUACUCCACAAUGAGUUCAUAUUGUUUUUGGUGUUUUCAAACAACAAGCAUUGAUGUUCAGCCAUGCAACUAUCUUAAAACAUAAAGCCUCCAUGACUAUGUGUGUAUAUGCAUUCUGUAGUAUUCUCUUCUCUGCAUCUGGGGGAAACCUGCACUAUAGACCGAUUCAGUCUUUGCAUAAGUUGAGAGUAGUUGUCACAGCCCCCACUUUACUGCUUUUGUAGUACAUGCAAGUGACAAAUAUGUUUCUUGAGUCUGAAUUUAUAGCAAUCCAUCCAAUCUCUUCAUGUUCUAGACACACCAUUACAGACGUUUCCUUUCUAAAACAUCCAUAACAAAACAAACAUUCAAACCAGUCAGCCUCCACCCCCAACUCCGUUUGGCCAAUGAUGAGAAGUGUGUGUUUAAGUAAAGGCACAGAUUGGACUGUUUUCAGAUUUUACUGAUUAAGUCAAUUUGAUGUGUUGAUGUGUGACAAAAUGAUUGCUGUGUGCUUUAAUCAAUCUUUGAUUGAUUGUUUAUCAGGUACAAAUGUUAAAGCUGACAGUCCAAUUAGUAACUCAUAUUUAAAUUAAUCAAAGCUGAUUGUGCUAAAAUAACA